AUGCCUCGCAAAAACCAUCAUAAUAAAACUCUAAAUAGACUUAAAGCAAAGCUUCGUUUAGACAAUGUAAAUGGAAAUGAGAUCUCCAAAGAAAAUUAUGAAUUAAAACACUCUAAUCUUAAGAAAUUAGAAGCUCAAUUUAAUUCUUUAAUUUCCAAAAUUAUACGAUUAGAAAAUGAUAUGGAUUUCUAUCAAAUUGAAAACAAUGAACUCAAAGAAAAAUUACACCUUUUUACCAACAGUUAUGAAGAUAAUAAAACAGAACUUGAAAGUUAUUAUAAAGUUAUUCAAAAAACUUAUUCUGUAUUAGAGGGAAUAGUUAAUUCUAAUGAAAUAGAUUUGUUGCAGCUAGUAGAUUUAAGUAAAGAACUUAGUGAAAUUUGUGGAGCUGUUAUGAUAUUCAAUUCAUUUGAUGAUGCUUUAAGUGCUUCUGAGCCAAAAAUAAGUGAAAUAAAUGAAGGAGAAGGAAAUAAUAACGGACAAAUAGUUCCACCUUUAGUUCGAUCAGCCCAUUUUUAUGAUAAAAGCGAUCAAAAUUUUGACACAGAUAAAUUUAAAUUUUAA